AUGAAAAUCCGUCCCGCUACACCAAACGACAUACCUGCCGUCGCUCGUGUCGUACUCUCCGCUCUAAGUGACGAAACGCCAUGGAAAGCUUUCUUUCCGCACAAACCACAAGCUGACCUUGCAUAUGUUGAAUCAUGUGAAGCAAUUCUACGUACCUAUUUGGACCCAGACAAUGCAGCUACAUGGUUAUUUCUAGUCGCCGAAAUAUCCGCAAGAGAGUCCAAGACCAAUACUGGGCCUAUCAUAGUAGCCGCUACGGUGUGGGAUAUUUCCACUACUGUUGGUCAAGAUGACGGCGGGAGGAGUAGGCGGUCAAGCAUCUAUGAGCGAUUGCUCAACAAGUCUAUGGAAACUCUCGAGUCUUAUUCCUCAGAGCAGUGUGAUGGUGCUUUAGGUGAUGGCCCAGUCAAACUUGUCGCCUUGAGCAGAGCCAUUGUUGAGGGGCGAAAGAGGCACUUUUCCGGCCACGAUCCCUACGUCUUCCUCCAUCUAUUGGCCACGAGGCCAGAUCACCAAAAGAAAGGUUAUGCGAAGGCUCUUUGCGCCUCGGGUAUCAAUGUGGCAAGGCAAAGGCACGCGUCAGUCUGCGUUUUCUCAGGAGCUCGAGGGUACAUUCUAUUCUCUGGGCUUGGUUUCGUUGACAACGGACGCGUAGACCUUCCCUCAGAACCUGGCUCCUAUGACGUUUUGAUCAAAGCCAUGCUGUUAGAUUCCCGUCUGGUGCAACGGCGAGGAUCUAUUCUCGAUUCUCUCAUGCGAUAUAUUACCACUUGA